CAACAAAUCAUGAAGUACUGAGACGUCGGGUGCCGCUUCUCAUCGAAUUCAUAGUACCGUGUAGUUCUGUUAAAACGUGUCAUCUACGGCUUUAAGAAUGGAGACAUCAAGAACACCUGUCACCUUUAUUUUUAGCAUUAUAUGCGGUCUUUUUGUGAGACAACAUGAGAAAAACACCUGAUAACGGUGUCAUUUUGGGCCGAGUUGCGAAAAGAAAACUAGCAAAAAUAAUCAUUUGACAUCGUUACAUUUUGAACUUAAUUCUAACUGACUGUGAAAAUAUUGUACAUUCUGGUUAACAAAGGAAGAACAUGGCUUUUGCGUCUCGAAAAUUACACAGCAAGUUCAAAAGAGAAACCGAUGAAAAGUGUAGGCUGACAUUCCAAAGAGAAUUGCAAGUAACAGGUGAUUUUAUUAGCAGACUUGGGCUAGACCAUGAACUUCAGGGUCACCAGGGAUGUGUUAAUUGCCUUGAAUGGAAUGACAAAGGAUCGUUAUUAGCAAGUGGGUCUGAUGAUGUACAGGUGAUCGUAUGGGAUCCCUUUCUUCACAAGCCUUUAUCCACUGUUCGCACAGGACACCAAGGAAACAUCUUUUCUGUCAAGUUCCUGCCAAGUUCUAAUGAUUCUGUGAUAGUGACAGGUGCAGCAGACUAUAAAAUCCGUGUACAUGACAUAAACUCCCAAGAAACGACCCAGGUGUUUUCUUCCCAUGCUGGGCGAGUGAAACGUCUGGCUGUGGCACCCAAUGUCCCAUUUAUGUUUUGGAGUGCAGCGGAGGAUGGUACCAUUAUGCAACAUGACUUGCGGACACCAGAGAAAAGCCAAGGUAAUGGCAACCCUCAAAAUGUACUUAUUAACCUCAAUGCUCACAUGGGUGGCAGUCCAGAGGCCAAGUGUAUCACUGUUAACCCAAUGCGACCUGAUUUGCUUGCUGUUGGUGCCAAUGAUCCCUAUGUCCGAUUAUAUGAUCGCAGAAUGCUUAGCUGUAAGAGCAUGAAGCUGCCAGCUGAAUCGAGUACCAGAUUACCAUGGGAAAUGUCUGACAUUCCUGCCAAUAACCCACCAGAAGAUUUUACUUUGCCCCAGGGCUGUGUCAAGUAUUACAUUGCAGGACAUUUGCCCCAGAAGCAGUUGGACUACAAAAAACGUUACAGGACUUUAGCGGCGACUUAUGUAACCUUUAGUCCUGAUGGGCGUGAGCUCCUGGUGAAUCUAGGUGGAGAGCAGAUCUACUUAUUUGAUAUCAAUAACAACAAAGUACCAGAGAAGUUUGACAUAUCCAUGGUUCUAGCUGCAAAUGGACUUGUUAAAGAAGCAGCAUGUUCCCAUAGCAAUGGUUUCAGCUUGCACAAAAAUGGAACAACUAAUGGUGUGAGUAAUGGUCUACAUACUGCCACAGGAGCUGCAGCUGCUGCCAUGAUGAAGGCCGAGAUGGAGGUAGAGGAGAAACAGCGAGAUAUACAUAGUGGCAAGAGGCACAGGAUGGAGGGGAAACCUUUGUCUGCUUUUGUAGAGGCACUGAAGAAACGAGCCAACACAUUUUUUGAGAAGGAACAGUAUUCCAAGGCCAUUAUUGCCUACAAUGAAGCCAUUGCUCGAGUGUCUUAUGCCUCUGUGUUAUAUGGAAACAGGGCUGCUGCAUUCAUGAAGAGGAAGUGGGAUGGUGACUUGUAUGCAGCACUAAGAGACUGUCAUAGUGCCCUAAACCUUGACCCUAACCACCUCAAGGCCCACUUUCGCCUGGCCCGGUGUCUGUAUGAACUCUCUUGGCCACAGGAGGCCUAUGAUUGUCUCCAACAUUUCAAACACAAAUUUCCAGACUAUGCAAAAAGCCAUGCUUGUGAGGCGCUUGACAGAGACAUCAAGGCAGCUUUAUACUCAGGGACAUGUACUCCAGAUGAGAAGGAGGGCAGUGCCUCUUCGGAUUCCUCUGAAUCGCCCAUAAAGAAGAAAACAGUGACACCAAUGUCUGACCAGGAGAAGUGUUGGCGGGAGGAGGCAUAUGAUUACCAGUCACGCUUCUGUGGUCACUGUAACACAACAACAGAUAUCAAGGAGGCCAACUUUUUUGGCAGUAACGGCCAGUACAUAGUGGCGGGUUCAGACGAUGGUUCAUUCUUUAUCUGGGAGAAGCGUACCACCAACAUUGUUCGAGUUUUAAGGGGAGAUGAAUCCAUAGUGAACUGCUUACAGCCUCAUCCUACAUGUUGUCUGUUAGCCACCAGUGGUAUUGAUCCAGUCGUGAGAUUAUGGAGUCCAAGGGCAGAGGAUGGGACUAAAAAUGACCGAGAGGUUGACAACUCAGAUGACGCAGCAUUAGCCAAUCAAAAAAGGAUGAAUGCUGACCCUCUGGAAGUAAUGUUGAUGAACAUGGGGUACCGUAUAACAGGGGUGUUUGAUGUCGAUGAGGAGGAAGGUGGACCCAGGAAUGAUCAGGCUGUGCAGUGCCGACCUAGCUGAAACAUGAACACAAAUUAAUGUAGACUUGAUCUAAAGUUCCUCCAUAAAGACAGGAUCAGGGUUGAUAAAUAUUGUGAGGGACACUGAAGAACGCGUCGAAUUUAUUACGGAGUUAAAGACAAUAUAUUGACAGCCCAAAUCAUGCAAUUUCUGACUUGUUUGUCGAUAAUUGAUUUCUUUUACUACAUCUAGAUCUGAUAUUCUGGAUUUAGCAGAUCUAGUUUACCAUGAUCGUGGUGUAGGAGGUGAGAUAAUGAUGGUAGGGCAGGAAACUUAAACAUAUUAGAAUCACUUAUGGUGGUUACAACUUCCUGCGACAAUGUGUGGUUUCAUUUCUGAAAUAAACUCCAUCAGUAUUCUUUUGAACUUUUCAGCUUCUUAUAAAUUUAGGUACUUGUACUUUGAAUUCAGAUGAAAAGAAGAAAGUAUUAUCUCAUAGUGUAAGCAAAAUAAGUGAUGAUAUUCUAUAAAAUAAUACUGAAUUGAUUGGAGUGAUAUAUUGUGGAGUUAAAGAAAAUAUCACAUAGAUGCUAUUCUAGUAAAAAAAAAAUGUUGUAUAACAGAUUUAAGCAUACCGAAAUUUUUUUUAAAUAUUCACACAUAUGAACACAGUCUUAAUGGUGAUGGUGUUCUGUCAAAAUAACACAAAUUGCAAUUUUUUUUAUUUCAGUUACAAAAUGAAGACUAUUAGAUGUCUUGGUCAUAUGCUUGUGUGUUUAUGUGAUGGAGAUGUACAUCAGUUGGGGAAAUUGUGUACCUGAAAUGAGUGUAAGGGAGGGGUGAAGACACAAUGUUCAUUUGUGUUUGUCAGAUACUGGACAGUAUCUGUUACGCAGAUUUGUGUCAACUGAAUUAUUACUUGUAAAACGCAAAAUUGAUGAAAAGAGAAAGCCACAGCCAGUGAUGGAUUAAUUAAUUCAGCAGAAACUCAGAUCAUGCUGGGUUGUGCUUACAUUUUGGAAUUAUAAAAUGUCAAAUUUUACCUAUGACAGGACCACCUGUGUCAAAAAGGUCAUUGUGUGAUUUAUUCUAUUCUUAUAAAAAAUAUAUUAGAUUGAUAUGUUAUUGUAAAAUCAGAUACGAUAUUUCAAUUGUUCUUUAGAGACUCAAUUUAGAAAAUAAUAAUCUGGAAUUCUUCAUUUUUUUCACCCCUCCAUCUCCAAAGUUAUUUACAUGGGUUGAAGCAUGGUGUUAUGGUGUUAAAUCUUAAAAAGCACUGUGUGAUUGAUGACUAGCUGUCAUUUCAUUUGUCUUUCAUUACUGGAUAGGAUUGAUUUAUGUAAAAAUUAUACAAAGUUGUCAAAUUUGCCAAUGUUCUUGAUUGUUGUGAUAAAGAAGCCCAGGAAAUCAUGCAUGGGAUAACUGUUUUUAAAGAGUAUCGGGUAUGUACAAGAUAAUGUGAUAAUGCAUUUUGGUUUCUUUUUUGUCAUAUUGUUGUGAAGGAAGAUAGUAGAAGUGUGCACUUUUGAAAUACUUAUUGUAAGGAUUCUGUUUACCAGAAGGUAUACAUGUAUCAGAAUAGGAAGUGAGCAUUAUGUUUAACAGGUGAUUUAUUUGCAUAGGAAAUAAACUUCAUGCUUUCCAGGUGGGCUAUCAGUAUUGGAAUGAGCAUUAUGUCUACCAGGUGAUUUGUUUGUAUAGAAAAUAAACUUUAUGUUUUUCAGGUAGGUUACCAGCAUAAGAAAUGAGCAUUAUGUACCAGGUGAUUUGUUUAUAAAGGAAAUUGACUUUAUGUUUUCCCUUCAAGGUUCAAGCUUCAUUCAGUGUAAGAAAUAAUCACUAUGUUUACUUAGUAAAGUGAUGUCAGUUUAGGAACAAAGCCUUCUGUUGAAUUUCUGGUGUGUUCAUAUAGCAAGCUGAUUUGUUUAACAGAGGUUUUAUGAUAUUAAAAAACAGAUUUUGGAAAAACUCUUUGAUUUUUCUUAAGUUUCAUUGUCUUUAAAUACAUUUACCUGAAAACAUAUCAUUGAUGGUUAUUUUGUGAAUUGAAAUACAUUUUGUUGCAAGUAAUUUGCUUCCACCAGCAUUCAAUAAGUGUGUUUGUUGCUGAAACUGUUAAAAUGGCUUGUUUUGUUGUCAUUACAUUCAUUGUUACAAAUUAUUAUUGAGAUGUACAUGUAUGUGCACAUACAGAUUUUAAAUCAAUUUACGCAUUGUUAAACUCCGAUUAUUUGUUAUUGCCGUACAGCUCUGUUUCCCCAAUGAAGGAUUAGCUGUGUAUAGACUGUGUGUAUUCAAUGUUAAAAUAAUUAAUUUCACAGAAUCCUGAUUUUCUGUUAUAACUUCAAUUAAGUCAUUCACACCAAUUGUUGUGUACAGCAAUCAUGAUUAGUUUAUCCAAAUGUUUUCUAUGUAUUGUAAAUACAUUGUUUUUGCUCUGUAAGAGAAAUAAGUUCUAAGCUUGAUUUUACGUACAACUAAAACAAUGAUCAAUACUUUACUUGUCAUUAUCAUGCUAUAUUGUCUACAAGGUUUGCCCCAAUCACAUGUGUAGUGAGAGAUGAUACAACACAUACCUUGGUAUGUAAAUUGAUGGAAAUUUUGGAGUAAAAACUUGCUAUCUUAUCAUCUCCAUGUUUUGUUAUCAAUCCUUCUUCCCUUUGCAUGUUUGACCCGUUCUCAUGGAAUUGUUUGAAAGUAUUUGACUCUUGUAUUACUAGUAUAUAAGUAUAUACACAAGACAUACUUAUUAUUUUUUCUGUUUUGUUACAAUAUGAUAUGUUUUGUGAUUUAACUUCUCUGAUUUUCCUCAUAGACUGCUUAUAAGCAAUUAAGCUGUUUUAAAUCUGCAGGUUCCCUAUCAGAUAUCUUGGAUAUGUUACACUAAAACCAGUGAUGACACUUAUCAAUCGUUACAUGUUACAAAAGGAGCACUGAUUUGGGAACCAUUAACACCCAUUAUUUGGGUACUCUGUACACCUGUGUCAUUGGGGUUUUCUGUACACCUGUCAUUGGGGUUUCUCUUUACACCUGUGUCAUUGGAGUUCUCUGUAUACCUGUGUCAUUGGGAUUUCUCUGUACACCUGUGUCAUUGGAGUUUCUCUGUACACCUGUGUCAUUGGAGUUCUCUGUACACCUGUGUCAUUGGAGUUUCUCUGUACACCUGUGUCAUUGGAGUUCUCUGUACACCUGUGUCAUUGGGGUACAUUGUACACCUGUGUCAUUGACUUCAGACUAAUGUUUUUUGUGUUACUUGUGCACUAAGAAACACAUUUCUCUAUAAUGCAAUAGAGUGGAAAGCUUUACGUGCAUAUAUGAAAAUUUUUGAAUUAUCAGAAAUAUACUAUAUUUAAUAGCUUCCACUGUAAUAAAUAACUGUUGAGUACUUUAA